GAACGGAGGAAAGAUGUGAGGUCUGUGUGGUUCUCUCUGCUUUUUUUUCUCAGUCAAAAUUUUUCUCUCAAUUUUCCACUUAUUCCCAUCUUGAAAACUUCUGUUGGAUCCAAAAAAGUUUUAACCAUGGCUGAGGAAGCAAUACCCAAGGAGAUACAGGUAGCCAAAGAUGAGGUCCCUCAAAAGCAAGAGCCAUCAAAGAAGGACGUUGAGGUUGAAGGGGCUGCAACUGGGGAUGUAAAAGAUGCAGAGAAAGAUGGAGAUUCCAAGAAAUUCAAUGACCCGAAGCCGGGAUUGGCAGCAUUGAUUGAUGAUGAGAAGGAAAAUGAAGGUGUGUCUAAGGAUUCAGUAGUUGAUUCCUUGGUUGCUGAGAGGGGAGCUUCAUUCCAGGAGGAGAGCAACCUUCCAUCCGAUCUCAAAGACUUGGAGAAGAAGGCAUUGCUUGAUCUCAGAUCGAAGAUCGAAGACGCAAUACGCAGUAACACUUUGUUCGAGGAGGAGAAGAAGCAAGCGGAAGAGGCCGAGAAAGCAAGGUCGCCGGAGAAAGAAGGAGAAGAGAAGGAAAAAUCAGUGGUGAAUGAAGGACAAGGAGAAGAAAAAAAACCAGAGGAAUUGGCAGUAGAGGAAGGGAAAGAAGAAGAAAAACCCGAAAACUUGGGCUUCAAUGGAGAGAAAAAUGAGACCAAACAGAAAGAAGAGGAACAAGAGAAAAUCAAUAUUGAAAUCGGGAAAAAGGCCAUUGAAGUUGACGAGGAAAUCAAGCUGUGGGGAGUACCCUUACUGCCAAGCAAAGGAGACAAGGGAACCGAUGUAAUCCUCCUCAAAUUCUUGCGAGCCCGAGAAUUCAAGGUCCAGGAGGCCUUCGAGAUGCUGAGAAACACCCUCAAAUGGAUAAAAGAUAACAACAUCGACAUCAUUCUGGAGGAGGAGUUUCCGCCCGAGCUGAGCUCGGUGGCAUACAUGCAAGGCAUGGAUAGGAAAGGCCACCCCAUCUGCUACAACAUCUUCGGCACGUUUCUGAACGAUGAAAUCUACAACAAGACGUUUGGGACCGAAGAACUUCGCCACAAGUUCUUGAGAUGGAGGUUUCAGCUGAUGGAGAGGGGGAUUAAGAAGCUUGAUUUUGGGUCAGGUGGGGCAACGUCAAUGCUUCAAGUGAAUGACCUGAGGAACAGCCCUGGGCCGACCAAGAAGGAGCUUCGCCAAGCUAUGAAACAGGCCGUUGGGCUUCUCCAAGACAAUUACCCUGAAUUUGUUUCAAGAAAUAUCUUCAUUAAUGUGCCCUUCUGGUCUUACGCCUUCUAUGCUGUUGUAUCGCCUUUCUUCACACAAAGAAGCAAGAACAAAUUCGACUUUGCCCGCCCUGCCAGGGUCACUGAAACCCUUCUCAAGUACAUUGAUGCUCAGCAAAUCCCGGUUGGUUAUGGUGGGUUUCACAGGGAGAAUGAUCCAGACUUCUCCAUUGAAGAUGGUGUUUCAGAGGUUAUUAUAAAGGGUGGAUCAUCAGGAGCCAUUGCAAUACCUGCACCAGAGGUAGGGACAAAAUUCACAUGGGAGAUAACAGUGUUGGGGUGGGACGUGAACUACAGGGAGGAAUUCGUGCCGAAAGAUGAAGGGUCGUAUACGAUGAUAGUACAGAAGGAGAGGAAGGUGGGGUGGGAGGAGGGAGCUAUCAGAAACUCCUUCACCAACAAGGAAGCAGGCAUGCUUGUGCUUACCAUUGACAACGCUACUUUCAAGAAGAAGAGGGUUUUGUAUCGAUACAAGCCCAACUCCACCUCCACCACCACCACCACCCCCUCUUCUUCUACUACUACAUGAUCUCAUCCAUCAUUCUCCACUUCAACUCACCAUGGCCCAGAAUAAUGUUGACUUGUUCAUUUUAUUUUUUCCUUUUUCCUUAGAAGGAUUAAUUCUUCAUGUGGGAUAAUUAAUAAUUUUGUGUUGGGUAAGUUAAAUUCUCUAUUUAUUUGUUGUUGUAAGUGAAG